AUGUCGACCUUCGCAUAUGAGCUGCAUAUCCCAGGCCCAGUUUCAGCUGACUUAGUCUCUCUUUGCACGAGGGAUAGCAGCAGCAUCACUGAGGAUCGCCCUUCGAAGCGGCGCAAGAUCCAAGGCGGCAAGAGCCGUUUUAACGUUGACAAUGCCGCGAAAUACCUUCCUCAAUACUUGGUAAUGUGCCGCCUCUUCUUGAAGCUUAGAUUCACCGAACAACCGGAUGCCAACGUAGGAUAUGGAACAUCUACCCGGGUACCAGUGAAUCUACGCCGCCGACGCUCGGGUGUCCACCGCUUGUUUUCCCUAGAGCUCCAAACCCGCGAUACCGCCGUCAGUCUUGACGCUCAUGACCUAGAGUCCGCUCCCCCUCUACUGAAUUUAAUUUUUACCAUCCCAUCGAUCUAUCGCAUUUUCGACAAGGUGCCCACAGCAUGCUACCAAUCCCUAUUACACAGGGACCCUGCCGACAAUCUAUCCUUCCACCUCGAGGUCAAGGUUCUUUGGAAUGACUCCCCGAACUUACCGGGAAGAUGUUUCGGUGAUGCCAAAGAUGCCUUUGCGCAGUGUUUUCCAAGUGAGCACCCCCGGCCCACCGAUAGCGAACUCUCAGAGGUAGGUCAAUGGACGCCGAACGAGUUUUACUCAAGUGUCCAUGUUCCGAAGAAGCAGGUCAACCUCUCCCUAGUCAAAGGAUUUGAAGCUAUAAAAUCUCAGCUAUUUCCGUUCCAAGAGAGAGCACUAGGCUGGCUCCUCGAAAGAGAGGGCGUUGAGGUCCUUCCGGACGGUACCCUGCGCCCGGUUGUCGAGGACGAAGGCUUGCCUCUGUCUUUCGAGCGGACGACGGAUGCCGAAGGUCGUCCAUGUUUUGUCAGCCAUGCCUUUUGCAUCGCUAUCUCCGACCUGUCGAAAUGGCCCUACUUUACGCGGGUGAGGGGUGGAGUUCUUGCGGAAGAGAUGGGUCUGGGUAAAACCGUCGAGCUGCUGAGCCUUAUCUGUAUUCACCGACGGCCGCAGUCAGCUAUUUCGGCGCCUGACUCCGAUUCGGAGCCUGUGGCCUCCGGCGCGACUUUAAUCAUCGCACCAGCGGCGAUUCUAGAGCAGUGGAAGCAAGAAAUUACCAAGCAAGCACCGAACCUUCGAUUUAUGCAUUAUCAGGGAAUUCACCUGAGCAAAGUGUCUGAUGAUGUCAUGGUUCAGCAGCUGGCAUCUCAUGAUAUCGUGCUCACAACAUACGCUGUCCUCCAAAGAGAAGUCCAUUUUGCACAAGACCCUCCCGAUCGCCCCCUGCGCAAUCAGCGAAGAUUGCCAAGGCGCAAGUCCCCGAUCGUUCAAAUAUCUUGGUGGAGGGUCUGUAUUGACGAAGCCCAGAUGGUGGAAACGGGCGCGAGUAACGCAGCGAGAGUUGCUCGUAUCAUUCCCCGUUGUAAUGCGUGGGCCGUGACUGGCACGCCGCUACGGAAGGAUAUGAGGGAUUUAUUUGGCCUUCUGCUCUUCUUGCGCUAUGAACCAUUUUGCUCCUCACUGGAAACUUGGGUCCGGAUCUGCGAGCUCUUCAAGCCUGUGUUCAAAUCCUUAAUAAACAAGUUCGUCAUGCGCCACAGCAAAGACAUGAUACGGAAUGAACUACAUCUGCCCCAUCAAAAACGUAUUGUUAUUACCAUACCUUUCACUGCGGUUGAAGAGCAGCAUUACGAACAUCUUUUCCAGCAGAUGUGCGAUGAAUGUGGCCUCGACUCGAGCGGGGCACCCUUGGGAAACUGGGAUCCCAAUUCGCCUAGAACCGUUGAAAGGAUGAGGUUUUGGCUAACCAGGCUGCGCCAGGCAUGUCUUCAUCCGGAAAUAACGGCCACCAAUGCUCGGCGUUUAUUUGGAAGCGGGCCUCUCCGCUCCGUUGCCGAAGUUCUGGAAGUUAUGAUUGACCAAAAUGAGACGCAAAUUCGCUCCGAAGAAAGAAGUCUUCUGCUCUCUCAGCUACGCAGAGGGCAGCUGCUUGAAAACGCAGAGCUUCCCCUGCAGUCCUUGGAACUUUGGAUGAAAGCCUUAUCUGCCUCGCAAGAGAUAGUUUCGGAUUGUAGAAAUCAGCUCGCUGUAAUUCUGAAGGAUGUGCAAGCCGAGAAUUAUGACAUCCUAAGUAUAUCGGAUGCCGGCUCUGACGACAUAGAGGAGGCAGAAAAGAACCGAAUUGGAACCUAUCAGCAGCGGCUUCGGGGCGCACUAGAGAUUGAGCACAUGUGCAAAUUUUUUAUUGCCAGUGCGUACUAUCAAAUCAAAAGUGACCAAAAGCUUACGGAGCCCGAUUCAGACGAUUUUAAAAGGUUAGAAAGGCUUGAAGAAGAGAACUAUCAGGCCGCGAAACUCAUUCGAAGGGAGAUGCUGGCCGAAACAAGUCGCAAGGUCAAUAAACAUAUCAAUGUCGUGAGGGUCAAGGCAAAGAAGAACGAACUUGUCCGGAUUCCUCUCAUGGCAACUGAUUUUCGGCCUGGCGGUAUAGAGAGCCAGCGUAUCUUGGAACGGCUUGAGGACUUUUCCGAGGCUAUGAAUCAACAUACAAUCAAAUUCAACAAAUGGCGUGACCACAUGGUCAAGCUCAUUUUACGACCACUAGUCGACGAAGAAGACAGUACCAAUCCUGAGGGAAACGAAUAUGAAUCUUCAACAAAGGUCCAAGAUGAAAUGUAUGUGUACAUGGAAACGCUACGUGCCAUGGUCGCAAAUCAUCAUGAUGCAAUUACGGGUCAGACGAGUGCUUUGGUUAGCCACGAAUUGAAGCAGGCCUUAGAAAAAGCGAAGACGGGCAAUGGCCCUUCUCCUAAUCUUUUCAUUUCCUUAAUGGAGGCCUGCGAGAAACUGAAGGUUCCCAGGGAGUUAGGCUCCCUGCGUGGCAUCUUGAACGAGCUUCGAACAUUGGUGACUUCGCUAGAAUGGCAGGAGAGCGGAGGUAGCUCUCGGGCUCGCGCUGAACUUGGUAUCGUCGAGGACCUCCACAAAACCGUCAGCAAACUGUUCUCUACGCAUUCAAAAAUCGCAAGUAAGCUGGAGAGGGAGAUUCUUCUGUUUCAACGCGUGACGAAUAGAAGGUUGGAAUAUUACCGGCAUCUCCAGCAGAUAUCCGACACAGUCGCACCUUAUGCUGAAGAAUCUAAGGGGCAACCGUUAGAUAAGGAACAAUUUGAUUCUAAGUUACGCGCUGAGGAGAAAAUGAAGGCUAAGCUUUCAGGCUUAAAGGCGAAACGCCGGUAUCUUGUCCACCUGCGGGAGGACGCUGGUGGGGAGGAAAGUUCAAGGAUUUGCAUCAUUUGCCAAUCCAGUUUCGAAAUAGGCAUCCGUCUGCAUGCCAAUGAGCUACACCAAAUCACCUACAAGCCUGCUGAGCUAGUAGCUCAAGAAGAAAAAGCCCCAGGGAAUUUAGAGACACAUCACUCAAUGAAAAACGCAAUCUACUCGGAUAUCAAGAGCGACGAUCUGGAAGAAAUUAAAGAUAUUGAGAUCUCUGGCUCCUUUGGCACCAAAAUUGACACCCUUGCCAGACAUCUGAUUUGGCUACGACACCACGACCCAGGCGCGAAGUCUAUUGUGUUCUCUCAGUAUAAAUCGUUCCUGGCUAUCUUGGCUAGUGCUUUUUCUCGGUUCAGGAUCGAGUUUAGUAGCUUUGACAGCUACAAUGGAAUUGAGCGUUUCAAGCAAGACCCUUCGAUUGAAUGUUUCCUUCUGCAUGCCAAAGCGCAUUCGUCCGGGCUAAAUCUUGUCAACGCCACCCACGUUUUCCUUUGCGAGCCAUUAAUCAAUACAGCCAUUGAACUUCAAGCCAUUGCUCGAGUGCACCGUAUCGGCCAACAUCGCGAAACCACGGUUUGGAUGUACCUUGUAUCCGAUUCAGUCGAGGAGUCCAUCUACCAACUCUCGGUGUCUCGACGACUAGCUCAUAUAGCACAGAAGCGAAAAGAACUAGACAAGAGCGGAACAGGCUUCUUGGUUGCGAAUGGAGAUGACGGACUAGAUCUUUCUAAUCUGAACGAGAAUGUAAUCGACGCAGCCAACUCCCUUGAGAUGCAAGAUGCCGCCUUGGGGAAACUGCUCCGUGGGCGUGCAACCGAGGGUGAAAAUGUUGAUGAUAAUGAUCUAUGGCAAUGUCUCUUUGGGAAGGUUAAAAAGAACGGCACCGGCAGCGGGGGAGCCAUUGAGCACAUGCGGUUGGAAGUUGACCGGAUGCUAAGAGCCGAUGCUGCGGAGGGGAGGAGAGAUGCUAACAAUUAAGGAGCAUCACCCUUUGCGACCUCCACCACAAUGGCAUUAGUGGAGCUCUCGAAGUACUCCAUGCCCAGCUCACUUAUAGAGGGCAUCGGCUCAGUUUUCUUAUAUAUGUCUCAUCUGCAAGGAUGAUCACACAAGACCGCCCUACACCCAACGGAAAUUUCACCGAGUCUUGACACUGCCUUAGCCCCUCCGCUUCCCCCUGAUAAGAGAGGUUCAAAUCUUGGAACUUAUUUCCUUGUUUGGCCCCGGAUAGCAUUAAUUCUUUGGGUCGAAUUGGCUCGCGCUUCUCAACUUAAAUGGGUUGCUUGUGUGCUAGAAACUGGCUGAUAAUGUAUUCUGCUAUAUACAAUGCAUUACAUAUGAUUUAUGAUGGAGGAAACAUGCAG